AUGUUUUCACAUGGUUUUAACAAGAGGGAAGUGGAAGAUUUUGCCAUCAUCAAGGACAGUCUCAAGAAAAUCAAAAAGGAAGAGGUCUUGAACUGGAAAGACCACGAAGGUAAUACUGUUCUGCACAUCGCGACAUUAAAUAGGCAACGCGAGAUGAUAAAUUUACUACUCGACAGCAAUCCUGGAAACAGAAAUGAGGUGGAAGUGAACGUUGUGAACAAAAAUAAUCAAACUGCACUCGACAUCUUGUUACAGCUACAAAGAAUAAAAGGCGACGACGAAAUUGAAAAUAUCCUUCGUGGUGCCUGUGCAAUGUCUGCUAGUCAGAUUAUCUCUUUAGCACCACCACCUGCCACCACGACCACCACUGAGAAGACAUAUGAACUAAAGGGUCGCCCUGCUACAAAUGAUUUUAGCACAGUGAUUGUAAUUGCAGCCAUAGUGAUUGCAGCAACAUGUUUUCUAACAGGAAUCAACCCACCGGGUGGGGUCUGGCAAUACAAUUACAGGCCACUUUCCAACACCACAGCUAUAGAACACAAAGCUGGAACUGCAAUAAUGGCUACAUCAUUCACCUCAGUACUAUUCAUGCACUUCAAUUUGUAUUGUUUCUUUGCUUCUCUACUGACAAUUACUGUCCUCACUAAGGGAUCGCCUCUGCGUGUGUUGCUCCUUGUCCCACUGGCGUUAUUGUCCUUUGCAUAUCUGAUGGCAUUAGCUCUUGUAACACCUGAAGAAAAGUUCUCUGCGACUAUAGGUACUUUUCUAUCAGCUUCAGCCGUUUGGAUCUUCCAACUGGUGCUGGAAGCCUGGGCUUAUCGCAGAAAGCGUAAAGAAUCAAAGGCCAAUGAUGACUUGAAUCGCACUAAGAGGACACAGUUUCAGAUACUUAGUCAUGAUGGAACAAAAAUAUAG